CAAAAACGAAAGCCGGUACGAGCUACUGAAACAAUAAACACAGUAAUCAGUCCAUCGAUACUGUACGGUAGAACUCUUUGUAACAGCGACUAUUAGUAAGAUAACCAAGAUCAUGGCCGAAAAACCUAUUUCGCAAAAUGGCAAAACUGAUAUAUCCAUGACAGACCCAUCAAAGUUUCGACCAUCACCUCCAGCAUUUCAAUGUGGAGAGGAGUUGCAAGAAGGCGGUGGGACCAUUGGGAAAUCUGGAGUGUCAUUCUAUUGUAGCCUUCCACAAGACGAAAAACGUCUGACCUUUAGCUGUAGAGAUCGGUCGGUUGGUGUACUAGAGAGCAAGGAGUCGGCGAUAACAAACGACGAGUUUGAUGCGACACAAAAUGCUUGUGCGAUGGACCCUUUUUUCUUCGACGAGGGCUAUACAUUGGCUGGUCGGACAGGGUUUCAAGUUUGGAGCGUAAGUGAACACAUYGCACUUCUUCGUCCCUUCUUUAUCUCCCGGUGUCGAGUCUCACAAUUCACAAUUCUUCUUUUGGAUGUAUGCCGUAAGGACCACGCAGGGAACUAGAUUAAUGAUAGAAUCUCUCUUAUUCCCCUUACCUGAUGACAAGGAUCGAUUGGUCGCUAUCCAAAAAGAAAUCAAUUCGGCGGAUGGAAAGAAUAUUCUUGAACUAGGAGCGGGCGUUGGAGUUGUAGGAACUGCUCUAUCUGCUGCUACUAGAUGUCGAGUUUUGUUGACUGAUUUGUAAGUGGAUUAGUGUGAAACUUGAGAAGUAAAGAAGUAUUGUUGUGGCCGUUACAUUUUCUCUUAUUCCUCAUUCUACAAUAUAGACCUACUCUGGUCGAAAACUCGUUGUUACCAAAUCUAAAACAGAAUCGAGACGAAUCGAGAGUGGAGGAAGCUACGAACGAGACUUCAUGGCUGUACAAAGCUUCCUCCAAUAUUGAAUUCGAAGAGGAAGAGGAUAACGAAGACGUUGUUUUUUCACUGGGCAAUAGGGGUGGAUGGGCAAGUAUUGCCACCAUCGAUUGGACGAAGMCUUUAAAUAAGGAAGUGUCGUCGGUUUCUUCAUUAGACUGGAUCGUUGCAAGUGAUUGCGUGUGGCUGGUUAGUAUGUUGGACUCUUUGCUGGACACCGUUGAUUCAUUGUUUGGUUUGAACCCCCGCGCCCGGUUGAUAUUAAGUUUUCAACGCCGGGACGCAGGGGACAAUGUUAGAUUUACAAGUGUUCCGAGCAUUCUUGGCAGUGUUCGAAGGAGAGGUUGGUCGAUUGAUUGCCUGGCCUGGAGGCACGUUCGACAAGAAGGAAUGACCGAGCCACAAGAGGUAUUUUUGUUCGAAAUUGUACCUGGCUCAAAGUAGUGCUCGAAGUCAUUAUGAGCAGAAAAGAUACUACAGCAGUGAUAAAUCUUGAUURAUCUGGAGGAGCACAAAGAAGUCCGCAUGAUGCUGUGAUCGAGACCUUUCAAAAUCGCACGAUAUUUGUCACAGUUAUAUUUUGAUUUCAACAUUGGUAAAGAAGUUUACAUUAAUUGUAGUUAUGAUGUUGACAACCCGUAGCGCUGCUUUUCAAAAUAAAGAAAUCUAUUCAUCAUUUUUACUCUUUUUCGCUCCCGAAUUCUUUCCUUCGUCCUUUACUUUGCGUUUCACACCUUUUGUAUCGCCGUCGUCAUCACUUUUUUCGCUGGCAAGUUUUUUCAAUUGCUUUGCCUCUUUCUUGCUCUUGGCGAUGUCGUCCUUGAGUUUUCUCAAUUGAUCUUCGAGAGCUUUCUGUUCCUCCUGGCUCUUGAGAAGCUGAUCUUGAACGCCUUUAUCCGCGGAAGACAUUCCAGCACCGGAAGGACCGUUUCCAGAUCUGUCAGCCGAUGAUUGAUUUGGAUUGUUGGAUCCUCCGGGAUUUUGCAUCAUUUGGUGGCUUCCCAUUCCCAUAUUGUUAUUCCCACCCAUUGAUCCCCCUUGGUUCAUUCCACCAGAAUUAUACAUUCCAUCCAUGCCACCGCCAUUGCCACCACUUUGUUGUUGAACCAUCAAUGGCAUAUGGUCGUUUCCUCCAGAAUUUCCUGCAUUAUCAUUUGUUUGAUGCUGCUGGAGUUGUUGUUGCUGCUGCUGGAGUUGUUGCUGUUGAUAUAAAUUCAUCAUUAAUGUUGUCUCUUGAAUCUCGUUUAGCAGGUUCAUGUGAUGGAGUUUCAACAUCCUGGAAUUCGAAGUCAAGGUUUGAAGAAAAACAUUCAACCAGCGAAGAACACAAUGAGAUGCAAAAUGAUUUAAAGGCACAAACAAAACAGUAUUUGCGAGUUUGCUUCGCAAUCGCUUGCAGAGAGGCGACAAAACUUACUCAUAGUGCCUUUUUAAUGAUAUGUGCAAUAAAAGGAGAAAAUAAUGCAAUCCAGUGAGAAAAUUGCAACGAAAACCAUUUUAAUCGUUUCGAUCUUGAACGAGAAGGAUACUCACUGAUUAGGAUUUACUGAUAGACCCAUCUGAGGCAUGUUGGAAGGUCCACCACCCAUGCCACCYAAUCCCAAACCGGAUGCUCGACGCUGCUGUUCUUCCCGCUUUUGAGCAUAAUGAUCCGCUCGAGCAGCUUCGAAAGCAGCUCCGGGACCGCCCCCAACGUACGGUCUGUGUGGAGGCUCGCCACCGUUAUUUCCUGCGUCUAAACCCAAAGACGGACCGAUGGAUCCGAUGGAACUUCUGCGAUUCAUGUCAUCAUUCAACAUCGAAAGUCCCAAAGACGAAGUUCGGCGUUGCUGCAUCAAAUUAUCCAAGUCAGCAAAACCCAUGCCCAAACUAUCUUUUCUAUUUUGUAGAGCAGACGAAGAGGGAACAGCUGAGGCGCAAAUCAGGAAGAAAAAAUUCUCGGGCGUUAGUUCGGCGGAUUGGGUAAGAAGAAUGUUUAAGAAACYAACCAAUCAUUACUUCAUCGACGAACGCAAKCUUACCGGAGGAUUUCUUGGAUAACGGCGCUUCCUCCUCCUCACCAGCCUUCCUCCCAAGUCUCCCGCUUACGACACGUACUCCUAGACGUUCUAGUUCCUGCAUCACCCACUCACGACUAGGUUUCGGGCGCAUUGUAGACCGCCAAGCCCUAGUCAGAGCCUUUGCACGCGCGCAUUUCUCAUCAGCUUCUUGAGAGGGAAAUGUACCAAGAGCAAUAGUCUUUCCAGCCCACUACGUGUCGAACGGAAAUAAAGUAGAAGUAGUUACGAAAAAACAAAUUUUAGAAAAAAAUGAGAAAAUAAUUCAGUUUUGGUCGCGCAUGGGCGAUGAACAAAAAACUGAAGAACAUCUUCUUCAGCCCCCCCCAAAUGCAAUUCUAAGCUGUAGUUUUCAAAAUUAUUCUUCACGUGAAGAACGCGUAGAAAAGGAAAUAACUUUCACACGCGUUCGACUAUGUCCUUUAGUGUCACUCCACAGAGGAAUAAUGAACGCCCUAGUGUACACUCGAUGCCCAAAGAACCUCAAAUAGACACACGUUUUGGUACAGUUUCGGAGACCCAAAGUACUGAACUCUCGUAGAAUCUACACGUGAAAAAUAAAGUUUGCGAUGACCGAAAUGAAGAGAAACGGAAUGUCGAUGCCUCGAUGCCUUUCAACAACACCCUUGACCCAAUGCCACAAUGACCUCGACCCACAAAAUAUUUCAAUACCGAAUGGUAGACUCAUAUUUUUUCUCUCACCUUAACAUGAACUGCUUUUUUGCCCGUUGCUGCAGCUGAACCUGUUCCGGUUGCAUUUCCUGCAUUUCCAUUCAACUUUCCGUCGUUGUUCAUUAUUAUCCUAUUGCACACCUGCUGUGGAAAGUACUAUCGUAGACAACCAAUAAGAUUGUUACGGUCGAUUGGGACUGCUAUUUUUUCGUCUACUUUAGUCAARUCUGAAGACCUCUGCGAGCUGGCUAAGCAACACCCCGGAUUCGAUGCAAUUUGAUAAUGGGUUCUUUCGACGAUUCGUAGCAAUGAUAUUCGCUGUAGUGAUUUAUGUUUGGCGUUUGCAUUCCACCAUUUGCUGUGCUGCGGCGCCGUGUUUACACUCGCGUUGAGCUGUCUGAUGGACAAUUUUCAUGCGAAAAAUUGACAGCCAACACCUGAUGCUAGGUUCGAUUACGUACGUACUUCUACUACGGUAAUGAACCGAACGUUACAGACUGUUACAGUACUCGUACGAGUACUAAGCAUACUAGUACUGAAUUCCAAUGCAAGCAGGAUGCGCACAUCGCGCAUACACGACAGGUGACUAGAAACAAUUAUUAAACGUAGUCUUACGUU